AGGUCUCACGAAAGCAAUCGAAUCAUCAUCGAAUCGAAGCAGCAAGCGAGCGACGAUGGGGUCUCUCUUCCGAAGCGAGGAGAUGCUCCUCUGCCAGUUCUUCCUGCAGAGCGAAGCGGCUUACAACUGCGUCUCCGAGCUCGGGGAAUUGGGAUCCGUCCAGUUCCGAGAUAUCAAUCGCGAUAUGAAUUCGUUCCAACGAAAAUUUGUGAACGAGGUGAGACGAUGCGCCGAGAUGGAAAGAAAGCUGCGUUUCCUGGAAACGGAGAUGCACAAAGACGGGAUCGAAGUUCUGGACUCGGGAGAAAAUCCAGAUACUCCUCAGCCGAAGGACAUGAUAGACAUGGAGGCUACGUUCGACCGACUGGAGACGGAACUCCUCGAGGUCAAUGCCAAUGCCGAAGCCUUGAAUCAGAACUUUUUGGAACUGACCGAGCUGAAGCAGAUCCUUCUCAAGACUCAGGGGUUCUUCAAUGAGCAUGAUGGAAACCUCGAGCCCGGAGAAGCUCUGAAGUCUGAAGUGAAGAAGAUGUCGCUGAUCCCCCCCGAUCUAAGUGCCCAGGAGGAUCAGCAAGGACAGCUUGGAUUUUUGGCAGGAGUGAUUUCUCGUGAUCGUCUGCCCCCAUUUGAGCGCAUGCUCUGGAGAGCCUGUCGUGGAAAUGUAUUCAUUCGCACUAAUGAGAUCGAGACUCCACUCAAGGAUCCCAUAACUGGAGACGAAGUACACAAGUGCGUGCUCCUCAUAUUCUACCAAGGAGAGCAGCUAAAGACCCUUGUACGGAAGAUUUGCGAAGGAUUCAGGGCCAAUCUUUACCCAUGCCCUGAAACUGCAAAUGAGAGACAGGAUAUGGCCAUGGGGGUCAUGGCUCGCAUCGAGGACCUCAAAACGGUGUUGAGUCAGACACAGGAUCAUCGUCAUCGAGUCUUGGUGGCAGCAUCCAAGAACCUGCAUAACUGGUGGAUUAAGGUCCGCAAGAUCAAGGCCAUCUACCACACAUUGAAUCUAUUUAAUCUGGAUGUCACUAACAAGUGCCUGAUCGCUGAGGGAUGGAUCCCUGCUCCUGAAAUGGAGAGCGUUCAACUUGCUCUUCGUCGGGGCACUGAGCGGAGUGGGACUUCGGUCCCACCGAUUGUCAACCGCAUGAGCACGAGGGAGAACCCACCCACCUAUAACCGCACGAACAAGUUCACACGGGCCUUUCAGGAUCUGGUCGAUGCUUACGGUGUAGCUGCGUAUCGUGAAGUUAACCCUGCUCCAUACACCAUCAUCACUUUUCCAUUCCUCUAUGCAACAAUGUUUGGCGAUUUUGGGCAUGGAACCAUCAUGACGCUCUUUGCAUUAUGGAUGGUUUUGAAUGAGAAGAAACUGCAGGCUAAGAAGAAAUUGAAUGAGAUUUUCUUGACGUUCUUUCAUGGCCGAUAUCUCCUUCUUUGCAUGGGGUUAUUUGCCAUACACAACGGCCACAUGUAUAAUGACUGUUUCGGCAAGCCCCUCAACAUCUACGGCUCCUCCUUUCGUGUCAAUUACAAGUAGGUCUGCAUUCCU